CGGUUUUGUGAUUGGAUUGGAUUUGUUGUGCUCUCAUUUUGUGACAUUUGAACUGUCAAUACGAUUAUGUACGACCGAUUUACGACACAUUACAUCAUACUUGUGCCAUUGUCUUGGAGGUGGUAGAUUGAAUGUGGGGUACUUGGUAUGGGCCUGCAUAUUGCAAGGUGCGGCACAAUGGGGGAGCCAGAGGAAGCUGACACAGGGGUUUACCAUGAACGCCAAAUAAAGGAACUGUGCGCAAUGCAUGCCUUGAACAACCUCUUCCAGCAGAAAAAUGCUUUCACUAAGAAAGACCUGGAUGAAAUUUGUACAAGUUUGAUUUUUCACAGGCUUUCACCGUCAAGUUUCAUCAAUCCUCAUCGAAGUUUGCUCGGACUUGGUAACUAUGACGUAAAUGUUAUCAUGGCGGCACUUCAGAGGAAAGGUUAUGACACUAUCUGGUUUGAUAAGAGAAAGACCAUCGACUGCUUGAAAGUAGAGAACAUCAUGGGCUUCAUCCUGAAUAUUCCUACAGACUAUAAGUGGGGCUUUGUGCGGUUGCCCAUUCACAGGAAACACUGGAUUUCUGUUCGGAAAGUGCAAGAUCAAUACCUCAACCUGGACUCAAAGCUGGACUGUCCAGAGCUGAUUGGCGAUGAGUCAGCAGUGAAGGAGUUCCUUCAGGAUCAGCUGGAGGAUGGAGACAAGGAACUCCUGCUGGUGGUGACAGAGGAUGUUGGAGACUCAGGGUCGUGGAAGACGCCCUUAUAUGACCCUGUUAACAAUGUGACAGACAAGUCAUAUGGUCUGCCAGCGCACACCGUGGUUCGCACAAACGGACCUCUGAACUCUGUCUGCCUGGAGAAGGACAACAGGCGUCAAUAGUGUUGUGAUCUGAUCAGUGUCUGUCUUUCCCAUUGCACAAACUAAGAAGCAUGUCAUUUUGAUGAGGGGCUGUCGCAAAAUUUCUCAAGCUAUUAAUUCAAAUUGUCUUUUGCAAUAAGAGAUACAAGAUACAUGGAUCUUGUUACCUUUUUUGUUUUUCAAAUAUGUUGGUUAAUGAGAGUGUUUUAGAAUAUUGAUCCAGUGUUUUUGGAUAAUGGGACAGUUUGAGAUGGUCCCUGAUUGUGUUUCAUGCUCGACAAGAGUCUUCUAUGGGAAGAACGUAUUCACAAGCCUCAAGGAGUUCACUGAUGCAUUCACGUCAUGCAGAUUUUAUUGGAACUGUCAAAUAUUGUCAUGGCUGUACUGUCAUGCUGCUGAUGUAUAUCACAUCAUCUUGACAUAGAUUUUUAUUUUAUUUGAAAUUUGUAAAGUUUCUCUUUCAAAUGUUGUAGGGUAUUUAUGAAUUAUUGCAUUUUCAUUUAUGACAGUGGAUCAAGUUUCGUUUGGCUUUAGAUUGAUUUUGAAACUGGAACAUGUUCAAGGGUACUGUAUGCUGGUAUGUGUACUAUUGUCAUUUUAGCUGAAAUAAAUGAGAAUGUAAUAAAUCCAGUCUCAUUAAAAUAACCUUAAACUGUGAUAGGGUACCUCUCUGCAGGUCAUGGCCACUUCCAUUGGAAACAGGGGUGGUAGGGUAGCCUAAUGGUUAAAGCGUCCACUCGUCACGCUGAAGACCUGGUGUCGAUUCCUUACAUGGGUACAAUGUGUGAAGCCCAUUUCUGGUGUCCCCAGCUGUGAUAUUGAGGGAAUAUUGCUAAAAGCGGCACAAAACCAUACUCGCUCACUCCAUAGGAAACAGUAUCAGGUCGGCUUUCUACUCAGCCAAUCAGUGUCAAGUCUUCUGAAGUCUUGGUUACAAGGUAACGAAGUAUUCAGAUGAGCAUAUCUGAUUUCGGUAUCUUGAUUACUAGUAUAUUGGAUGAAAUCUGAAUGUGAAAAAGUAAUGCCAAGCUGUAAUAUUGUGGACAGUUAACACAUUCUGAUGUUAAGUGCCAGGCCAUCUAUGACCAAAAAGGUUAUCAUAGAGGAUGUAUUCUGGGUUUGUUGCAGUUUCCUUUGGCAGCAAUCAUUUUGGAAUUGAAGCAAUGAAGAAAUGAGACAAGACUUGAAAACUAAUGUCUGAUUGGCUCAAAAACCCAUGUGUUUUAACUGGCUGGUCAAAGUUUGCUCUGGGUUGACCAAAUGCAACCUUCUGUGGGAUUGCCCUCUGAUCUUUUGCAGAAUGGUAUUGUAUCGUUAGAAAAGACCUGAUUUUAAUGAGAUUGUUAUAUAACUUAUAAUUCAUGAUGGGCUCGACACAUAUAUAUGUGCACAGUAUAACCACUAAAUAUUCUUGAUAUUUUUAUAUUUCAUGUUUAUGUUUAUUUCUUUGUUUAUUCUUCUUCUGAGGUUUUCUUUUGUACGACUUCAACAUCUUUCAAAGUGUUUUUAUCAAAGAAGAAAUAUAAUAUGAAUAUAUAUACUCUAGGGUUUCAAGCAACGUAUACACACAGCCUUAGUCUGUGUUGCCAAGUAAUCAUACUGAUUGUAGAACUUAUGUCAUUUACACGUGGUAACCAUGGUAACUGUAGUACCAUACAGUAGAGAACAUCACCAAAAAAUCAUUAAUUUCAGGAAUUUGAAUAAAUACCUCAAAUUUGCCAGGCUAAGGUAAGAGUGGUGUGUUUGUAUUGUGUGGGUUGGUACAGUAAUAUACACUGUUGUACAUAGUGGACAUGUAUUUAUGGAUGGGUAUAUGCAAUCAUCUACAGGGGUCAUGACAGUUGUCAUGUUGGCUUGUCAUGCUGGCUUGUCUGAGGUAGAAGUAUUGUUCUAGUCACACUUGUUGGGAUUGUUAGUGAACUCUAUGUAUGUGGGUAUUGUUUCAAGAAUACAGUUAGAAAUCAUUGCAUGAGUGAACACGGUCAGUAAUGUAUCAGUGUUCAAUAUUAAAGGGAUCCUUUGAUUUUUAAAGUUUGGCCUAUAGUAUUUCAUUCUCAUAUCCCCAAAUCUUCCUUUAGGCUUGUUGAACAUGGAUCUUUACGUAAAUUAAUUUGCUUCAUUAGCUUUCAGAAUAUGGAUUUUUGUCCUCAUUCCACAACACAAAAAUCCACAACUUAAAGAAGGAAAUAAUUAUCAUUAAUAAUAUUCUUUUUUACUAUUAAGGAAGGAUCAAAUUGUUGACGGGGACAACACUGGUCAAUAGUUUAUUGAGAAAGAAUACAUUACGUCAUUGUUUAGAACUUAAAGGAUUUCUUCUGAAAUUUGAAGCUCAUUUAUGGUGUUCCCCUUCGUGAUAUUGCUGGAAUAUUGCUAAAAGUGGCAUAAAACCCUUCUCACUCACUCACUCUAAGUUCAGUUUGAAAUGUUUGAAAUCAAACACACAAUUCAUGAAAAUAUAGUUUUAUAAUUACAUUGUUAUUAACCAAAUUAAUGACUUCAUUACAGAAUAGGCUUGUAUGUAAGUAUAUACAUGUAAACGAAUAUGUUCGUUACUCCUGGGGCCUGGUUUAGGUCCUCAUUAUCGUGUGGAAAAUCGGAUGGAAUGAUGGAAACCUCAAACAACUGUCUUGUCACCUGUACAAAGUGUAUUUUGGCUGUCAAUCUUGAUGCAUGUUAGACCUUAGACAAGUACAUUAUAUGUUAAUAUCUGUAUAUUUCUACAAAACACUAUUUUGAUUAACCAUGGUGAAAUUAUGAAAUUUGUUAAAACUGUUAUGCUUAUAUUAUUGUCAAAACCAAAUGUACAAUGCUGUGCUUCAGUACAACAACCAGAUGUGUAGAUGUGGUAGACAGCUUGUCUGAUUACUUUGUUGUCUGUUAUGCUUGUGGAGAGUUGUGAUGAUGGUAUUUGGAGGUAACCAUGGCAACAUUUUUUUUUAAAACCAUUACGUUUACUGUUCAUCAAUUAAAUGUCUGUUACUAUAAAACUGUUUUAUCAUAUCACAAUCUUUGGAGUUAUAGUUAUUGAAUACGGUUUAAUUAAAUAGCAUAAUGCCAUAUUAGUAGCUGUUUUUACAUCCAAGAUGGCCCUCUCAUUUUAAUAAUAUCAGUUUUAGAAUGAGCUUAUGGUCUGUGCUGGAAUGUGUAAGGGAGUUGAUAUGCAUUUUGUAAAUAUCAAUGAACUUGUUGUUAUGCAAUUCCAUACCAACACUUUUGUAAAAAUUGUUCAAGUUUUAUAUGUACUUGUUUUGAUUCAUUUAAUGGAAUGAUGCAAUUAAAUACUCAUGUUGGAAUAUGUGA